GUCGACGAAUGUUUCGCGCAAAGAUUUUUGUGUUGUUACGGCGGCCACCGAAUUUGGCCACCGUUUUUAAUCGACAAUGUUCGUCAACCAACGAAAACAACGAUGUUCGUGUACGUUUUGCGCCAAGUCCUACUGGUUUUGUUCAUCUUGGUGGUUUACGUACUGCAUUGUUUAAUUAUUUAUUUGCCCGAAAACAUCAAGGAAAAUUUAUCCUACGAAUUGAAGAUACUGAUCGUGAGCGUAUUGUUCCUGGUUCAUUAGAAAGUAUUCUAGAUGUCUUACGUUGGUCAAAUAUUCAACCAGAUGAAGGACCCGAAGAAUUAGGUGGUUCGUAUGGACCUUAUAUUCAAUCAAAACGUACCGAAUUAUAUCAUGAAAUGAUUGAAAAAUUAUUAACUACUAGUGAUUCAGUUUAUCGAUGUUUUUGUACAACAAAACGAUUGGAAUUAUUACGUCGUGAAGCGUUGAAAAACCGUGAAACACCACGUUAUGAUAAUCGUUGUCGAUCAUUGACCAAUGAAGAAAUUCAAAAAAAUUUAUCCGAAAAUGUACCAUUUACUGUUCGAUUAAAACUUCAACCAGGUCCUAUGACAAUCAAUGAUUUGAUCUAUGGUUCGGUUACAUAUGAUCUUAGCCGUAUUGAAGGUGAUCCAAUCCUAAUGAAAUCCGAUGGAUUACCAACAUAUCAUUUUGCUAAUGUCGUGGAUGAUUAUCAUAUGUCAAUAACACAUAUACUUCGUGGUGUGGAAUGGUUAGUAUCGACACCAAAACAUCUGAUGUUAUAUGAUGCAUUUGGAUGGCCUAGGCCAAAAUAUGCACAUUUACCAUUGAUUGUUAAUCGAGAUGGAUCAAAAUUAUCUAAACGUCAUGAUCAUAUACGUCUGUCUACUUAUCGUAAUCAAGGUUACUAUCCUGAAGUUAUCAUUAAUUAUCUAACACAAUUAGGUGGUGGUUUUGGUCAACUUAAUACAGCAAAUUGUGAUAAAAUCUAUUCAAUGGAUGAAUUAGUCGAUGCAUUUGAUUUAAAAUCCGUUAAUCAAAAUAAUUGUAAAAUUGAUUUGGAAAAAAUUCAUCAGCUAAACCGGUUAUAUAUGAAGAAUUUAAUCGAAAAUGAUCCUAAUCGCAUACGAAAUGAUUUAAUUGAAAUUCUUCAAAAAAAUCAAGAAAAAUUUCAAACAUCAUUACAAUUUGAUAAUGAUUAUUUUGAUAAAAUUUUACAAUGGAAUUUGGAAAGAAUAUAUUCUAUUAAUGAUUUAAUUCAAGAAGAUUUUCUAUUUCUUUGGUCACAACCAAAAUUAACAUGGUUAAAUGAUUCAUCAUCAUUUGAUUCGAAACAACAAAUUCAACAAACAUUACAUUCAACAAUCAAUUUAUUACAACAAAUAGAAGAUUUCAAUGACAAAGAUAUCAUUUUAAAACAACUUCGAAAAUUGAAUGAAAAUGAAUUAUCAAUGAAAUUCAACUUAUAUAUGAAACUUUUACGACUUUCACUGACCAAUUUAACAAAAGGUCCACCUGUUGCUGAAUCAAUAAUGUUGUUGGGAAAAAAUCGUACAAUUCAAUAUCUUCGAAAUGCUAUUGAUUAUGUUCAAAGCAACAAAUGAUUUAUUUUCGUUUUUUGUUAUUUUUUGAAUUUUUC